GACGCGUAACCUCUGAACCCGCAGGUUUCCCACGUGGUUCAAUGGAAGCGAGCAGAGGAAACGUGCAGAGUGCCGAACAGAGAGCCGGGAUGAAGAAAACAAAGAAAACAGACAAAAAGAGAAGCAAACAGGACGAGGAGGCUGAGGAGGAAGAUCAGCCUUUUGAUUUGAACAGCAAAGCUAUGGAGGAAGAUGAGGAUGAUGAUGAUUUAUCAGACAGUGAGGACAGUGUCUACUCGGGACUGGAGGAUUCUGGGAGUGACUCUGAGAAGGAGGAGGAGGAUGGAGGAUCAGAUGAUGCCAAUGAGGAUGAGCAGGACCAGAGUGAGCAGUCACUUGUAAAGGAGAGCAAGAAGAAGGAAGGAGCGGGUGAGGAAAAGGAAAUGAAGAAAGAAGACGAGUACGACCACGAUACUUCAGACGAGGAGGACAUCAGGAACACGGUGGGAAACAUUCCCAUGGAGUGGUACAAAGACUUCCCUCACGUCGGCUACAAUUUAGACGGGAAGAAGAUCUAUAAGCCGAUCAGGAACAAGGAUGAGCUUGAUGACUUCUUGGAGAAAAUGGAGAACCCAGACUACUGGAAAACGGUUCAUGACAAGAAGACUUCGAGUGACAUCGUGCUGUCGGAUGAGCAGAUAGAGCUGGUGAACCGUCUGCAGAGAGGACAGUUUGGAGACGUUAACUUCAAUGAGUAUGAGCCCACAGUGGAGUUCUUCAGUAAAGAUGUCUUGAUUCAUCCAGUCACAAACAGACCUGCAGACAAGCGCAGCUUCAUCCCUUCACUGAUCGAAAAAGAGAAGGUAUCCAAACUGGUACACGCCAUUAAAAUGGGUUGGAUCAAACCUCGGCGGGUGGAGGACGACAGCAGGGGACGAUUCUACGACUUAUGGGCCAGUGAGAGCUCUUCUAUUCUGGCCAAACACAAGAUGCACCUGCCUGCUCCCAAAAUCCCUUUGCCGGGUCAUGAGGAGUCCUACAACCCCCCACCGGAGUACAUGUUCACAGAUGAGGAGAAAGCUCUCUGGGAGCAGCAGGACCCGUCAGACAGGAGGCUGCCAUUUGUUCCCAAAAAGUAUCCCAGUCUCCGUCAGGUUCCAGCGUUCUCUCAGUUUAUCCACGAGAGGUUUGAGCGCUGCCUAGACCUUUACCUGUGUCCCCGACAGAGGAAGAUGAGGGUGAACGUCAAUCCAGAAGAUCUGAUUCCCAAACUUCCCAAACCAAAGGACCUGCAGCCGUUUCCAACAACCCAGUCUCUGGUGUAUCGAGGUCACAGCGGUCUGGUUCGUUCCAUCAGUGUUUCUCCAUCAGGACAGUGGCUUGUUUCAGGUAGCGAUGACGGCUCGGUCAGGCUCUGGGAGGUGUGUUCGUCCCGCUGCAUGAAGACAGUCCAAGUGGGUGGAGCUGUGAAGAGCGUUGCAUGGAACCCGAACCCAUCACUCUGUCUUGUGGCUGUAGCUGUGGACUCUGCGGUCUUAAUCCUGUCUCCAGCUCUGGCUGAUAAACAGGUCCUCUUAUCGUCAGAGAGGCUCCUCACUACUCAGCAGGAGGAGGGGCCCUCUGAAGAGUCUCAGACUGUUGUUUGGUCAGAAACUGAUGGAGAGGAGCUAAAUCAGGACAUCCGUCUCAAAAUCCAGCAUCCCAAAGCUGUCCACCAGGUGACAUGGCACAGUAAAGGAGACUACCUGGCCUCGGUGAUGCCGGACCAUUCCAGCCACCUGCAGGUGUUCAUCCACCAGUUGAGCCGUCGACGGAGCCAGAAUCCCUUCAGGAGAAACAAAGGCCUGGUACAGGCGGUGUCCUUUCACCCCAUUAGGCCCUACUUCUUUGUGGCCACGCAGCGUUCGGUCAGAAUCUACAACCUGGUCAAGCAGGAAAUGACCAAAAAACUCCAAGCCAACUCCAAGUGGAUCUCUAGUAUAGCCGUGCACUCUGGAGGUGAUCAUGUGAUCUGCGGGAGCUACGAUUGCAGGCUAAGCUGGUUUGACCUCGACCUUUCUACAAAACCUUACAAGAUGCUACGACACCAUAAGAAGGCGGUGAGGAGUGUGGCCUACCACAGGGGUUACCCACUGUUUGCCUCAGCAUCUGAUGAUGGAUCAGUGAUCAUCUGUCACGGCACCGUUUACAAUGACCUGCUGCAGAACCCGCUGAUUGUCCCAGUCAAAGUUCUCAGAGGUCAUGUGAUCACGCAUGACCUUGGCGUCCUGGACGUAACCUUUCACCCCACACAGCCCUGGGUGUUCUCCUCCGGCGCCGACGCCACUAUCAGACUCUUCACCUAAGAACCCGCUCUUUAUGGCUUUGUGGCCUGCUGACUCUUGUUAUGUGUUGGAGGUGGUCAUCUCAGCCUCUCUGUGGUAUCCUGGUAACAGGCUAAUACUGGUUGCUUGGAUACCACGGGUUGUCAUUCCCGCAACACUGAGGAUGUCAUUUCCUUUAGUUUUUAUGUUUGUUUGUACUCAAUAAAAUAUAACAUUCUUACUGUU